AAGACAUCGGCUACUGGGGGAAGAUUAUAUCUUCAUUUUAUUUGGGUUUUUGCAGAGCUCUGUAAACAACUGCAAGCCCAAUUCCCUUUGAAGUAAAAGAUCUGUUGAUGAGUCAAGUUUUCAGUGAGGCUUCAUUUCACUGCCUCUCAGCAGAAACAUGGACGCACUCCUCCCACUUAACGCUGAAGUCUACCCAGAUUCCUCGUUGCCAAGGAUACAGUAACGACAUGACAAAGCAAAAGAAGAUGCAGAGGUCUCCUCAGGUGGUCUGUGACUGACAGGUACCUGCCAGCCCUGGAUUGACCCCACAACCAUCGAGGCCACAGCAGCAAAAAUAAGAAGAGGGAUAGUGAUCUCCUCCGCGGCCAUGUUUUCCUUCCAAUGAGAGGAUCUUCAAACAUAGUCCUCACAGCUGUCACAACACUUUGAGGAGAGUUCACAUGAAGGAUCAUGACAGAGCGAUCGGACCAAGCAAGAGAAGCAGCGAGUGAGCCCUCGUUCUCUAUGGAGGCAUUCCUGAAUAGCAGCCUCAACCGCAUGGAGGCUCAAGAGAGACACCUGAAUGACACCGGGCGAGCUGUACAGGCUUUGAUGGCGCAGGUGUCCGAACUCACCAGCAAGUCCAACUUUUGCAAGGACCCUCUUCGCAGGGAGGCGGCCAGGACGCUCGCUGACCUUAGACAAGGUGAGAGAUCGGUAUCGGAUUACUCUAUUGAGUUCAGGACAUUGGCGGCCGAGUGUUGGUGGAACGAGGAGGUGCAGUGGGACAUGUUCCUGCAUGGGCUGGCUGACCGGGUCCAGAAGGAGAUCUACGCCCUGGACCUUCCCACAACCCUGAACGACCUAAUUGGACUGGCACUUCGGGUGGAUGCACGACUAUCCAGAGUUGCGCAGCGUUCUGGGCCCAGCCGGAUUCCUGGUGGAGGAGAGGAUCGGCGGUUCAGCGGCAGGGACACGGUCAGUUCCGGCUACAAUCACGAGACUAUGCAGGUCGGGAGAGCCUGGAUUUCCCGGGAGGUGAGGUGGCGGUCCCAAGGCCUUUGCUUGUACUGCGGAGCAGCGGGACAUUACGCGUACAACUGCCCGGUAAAAGACAAAGCCCGGCAGGAGGUUUGAGGCUACGGUCGGGUAGGAUCUCCGCUGAGAAGACCUCAUCAAAUUCUACGUUCCUUCCGGUAAGACUGAGAUGGUCAACCCACAUGCACGACUGUCAAGCCCUGGUGGAUUCCGGAGCCGAAGGUAGUUUUCUGGACCAUGCCCUUGCACUCAAGCUUAAUAUUCCCCUUCUACCACUCACCCACAAGAUAUCGGUGCACGCACUAAACGGUCAAGACUUACCCAACAUUUUGCUCACCACCGGACCCAUGACACUAAUCACCUCAGGCAACAGAGACCCUCCGAGACCCUUUUAUGUCCUGGACUCUCCGCUUGCUCCCGUAGUUCUGGGACAUCCCUGGCUCACCCAACAUAACCCCAAGAUAGACUGGCAGCAGAAGUCUGAGUGAAGCAGUAGAUGUCAUGAGUCCUGUCUGGUAUCUGCCUGUCCGUCUGUUUCUGUCUGUGUUCCAGGAGGAGGCAGUGGACUUGUCUAGCGUGCCCGCAGAGUACCUCUGUCUAAGGGAGGUGUUCAGAACACGUGCACCACGUCCGUCGGGUGCUUGCUGGAGAAUGGGCUUUUCGUCAAAGCUGAGAAAUGCGUUUUUCAUGCUCAGUCUGGUCCUUUCCUAGGGUACCUCGUGUCGACUGAGGGAAUGCGCAUGGAUCCUGAGAAGGUGUGUGCAAAGGGAUUCUUCCUGAGUGAACAAAGCAUAUGCUUGCCGUGUAACUGUAAAGGCCACGCAGACUACUGUGAAGACAUCACUGGCGUUUGCAUAAACUGCAGGGACCACAGUACUGGGGAUUUCUGUGAAAUGUGUGAAGAUGGCCACAUGCUCGCUCGCAGCCUGGACGGACAGCAUUCCUGCCCACCCUGCGCCUGCCCCCUCUCCGUCCACUCCAAUAACUUCGCAGUGCGCUGUGACAAAGGAGGUGGCAGUCUACGGUGCAAGUGCCAAGAGGGCUACGCCGGACAUCUCUGUGAGAGGUGUUCUCCGGGCUUUUAUGGCAACCCAAUGGUGAUCGGUAAUUCCUGUAAGCGAUGCAACUGCAACAGCAACUCCGACCCUAACCUGAUCUUCAACGAGUGUCACAACGUGACGGGCCACUGCCAGCACUGCUGGGGAAACACCGCCGGCGCCAACUGUGAGAGGUGUGCCCCGGGUUUCUACGGUGACGCCAUCAGCGCCAAGAACUGCAAAGAAUGUGAGUGCAAUGCAUGUGGCACCUCUUCAUGCGACGACAGGAAAGGAGUGUGUCACUGCAAGCCGGGUGUCACCGGACGACUCUGUGACCAAUGCGAGGAGGGCUACUUCGGUUUCUCCGGCUGUCAGGGCUGCCGGAGGUGUGAAUGCGGGCCAGCUUCCAUUCGUCCCACCUGCCAUCCCCUCACCCACAGCUGUCCGUGUCGUCCAGGCGCCGGAGGUCGUUACUGCGAGCGCUGCCUUCCAGGCUACUGGGACUACAGCUCCGCCGGGUGCCAGAAGUGUGACUGUGAGAGCGGCCACUGUGAUAUGCACACAGGAGAGUGCCUAGCAGAGUCUGCAACCGUCAAUUUGUGCAAUAUCAGUUGCGAUGAGUGCAUUUGGCAUCUAAUCGGGGACUUGCGUAUGUCCAAUAAGACGUUGGACCAGCUGAAAGUCGGAGUGUUGAACAUCUCCACUGGCGCUGCUGCCAACGACAGGCUCAAAUACUACAACUAUACCGCCCAACAGCUGCAGACCCAGUUCCAAGGCUGGAGAAACAAGUCAUCUUUGAUUAAGCCUCAAACUCUGGAGCUCGAGAAGGCCACAGACGCUGUGGUGAUGGACAUCAAACAGCUGGGCGAAUCAGAGAGUGUGGUGAAGACUCUCGGGAAUGUACUGCAAAAUGACACGCUAGAGACUGUCACCCUGGCUGAGCAGCUCAGCACAAACCUCACUGAUCUCAACCUACGCAUUGAAGAGAUGAUCCAUGACUGGGAGCUGUACAGUGUUCACCAGGACGUGGAUCCAGAGGUAGCCAAGCAGAACACUGAGCAGGCCUAUGCAAUGGUCACCUGGAUGAGGGCACUGGAUCUGUCCCCACGGGAGCCCAUCGCGACCGAUGAGUCAACUGAAGCCCACGACCUGCUGAGGCGCAUACGUCAGUUGGAGAAGAAGUUGAUGAUCACAGACGGCCGCCUAUCACCUGUCAGGGAGAUCCUCUCCCGCUUAUCCGCCAAGCUGUCGGACGCACAGAGCUUCCUGCAGAAAGCGUCCGGCACCGUCCAGGAGACAGAGGACAUGAACAGAGCCAGCAUCCUCAAAUUACAGAGGAGUGAGGUGAAGCAGCAGAGGUUGGUGGAGGACCUCGCCACUGUGAACAAUACGCUGGGAAUUGCCAGAGGCUCCAUCUCUGAGACAAACCGUACUCUGGUUGAGGUGGAUGCCAUGGGUGAGAACCUGACAAAGUACCAUGCAGCAAUCGAUGGCGCCGGCCAAAGGCUGAUGGAGAAGACUGAACGUCUCUCGCUGGCCGACAGAGAUCUGGUGCAGAGGGCCGAUGUGCACGCCAACGAGCUGAACAGACAGGCCAAUGAAUUGGAGGACGAUCUGAGAAAAAGUGAUGCCAAUGGCUUCGUGCAGAAAGCCAUAAGUGCCGCCAACGUCUACAACAACAUAGUGAAAUACAUCGAUGAUGCCAACAUCACAUCGCUCACCACCCACAACUUAUCCCAUCGAGCUGAAGACGCCAUCACUGGGAUAAAUAUGCAGCUUAAGUACCUAGUAAGGCAAAGCAACCAGGUUUUAAAGGAGUCUGUUUCAUUACGUUCAGAACAAGACGUGGUCGAACAUGAGGUGGCUGACAAGCUUAUAUACAUCGAGGAGACCAAAGAGACCGUGGGUAAAAACACCCAAAAACUUGCAGAAAUAGUGGAGGAUAUAAGUGGAAUUCAUGCAGACAGAACACCACAGCGACUGGAGUUUACCCUCAGUGUGGCGGAGGGGACUCUCAACCACUCGGCAGAAGUCCUUCACACCAUCAACCCCAUCAGCACCAAAGUGGAGAAGUGGGCGAACAACAUGAAAAAAAACGACUACUCUACAGUUGCUUACGAACAGGCUGUCCUUUCUGCCGGUGAAGCAGUGGAGAGCCUGAAUGUACUUGUUCCCAAGCUGCUGGACAAGCUGAAGGUGGUUGAGGAGAAGAAGCCUGUCAACAACGUGACCACCAACAUCAUGAGGAUCAGAGAGCUUAUCGCUCAAGCCAGGAGUGUGGCCAAGAAGGUCCAAGUGUCCAUGAAAUUUAACGGUCAGUCUUUGGUAGAGAUUCAUCCUCACAGCAACCCAGAAGACCUUAAGACGGUGACAUCCAUUAGCCUGUUCCUGAGGGUGGAUCCUGACAAGGAUCCCAUAGAAGACCGAUUCAUCUUGUACUUGGGAAACAGAAAUGGUAGUAAAGACUACAUGGGACUGGCUAUCAAGAGCGACAACCUGGUGUUCGUGUACAACCUCGGGGGGGAAGAUGUUGAGAUCUCAUUGGGUUCAAAGCCUGUCAGCCAGUGGCCCGCAGUCUUUAACUACAUCAAAGUGGAAAGGCUGGGCAGACAUGGAAAAGUCUUCCUGACCAUCCCCAGCCAGAGCUCAAACGACGAGCAGAAAUUUAUCCAGAAAGGCGUUGCUCCAGGCACGGACUCACUGCUUGACCUCGACCCCAAGGAUAUUGUGUUCUUUGUUGGUGGUGUCCCCCAAGAUGUCAGGCUUCCACCUCUUCUGAGUCUUGCUCCUUUUGUGGGCUGUAUCGAGUUGGGUUCGCUGAACAACGACGUGAUCAGUCUAUACAACUUCAAAGAGACUCACAAAAUGAACGUUGUUACAUCAACUCCGUGCCUCAGGUACAAGUUGGCAUUUUCCCAGAGUCGCAUUGCUAGCUACCUGUUUGAUGGAACGGGCUACGCACUCAUCAAUAAUAUUGAGAGGAGGGGCAAAUUUGGUGUUGUCACACGAUUUGAUAUUUCUGUGCGAACUGUCGCCAACAAUGGUGUCCUUUUACUCAUGGUCAAUGGGGAUAAUUUCUUCCUUUUAGAGUUAAAGAAUGGCUUCCUGCGCCUAAUGUACGAUUUUGGCUUCAGCAAAGGGCCACUACUUAUGGAGAAUAACUCAUCGAAGCUGCAAAUAAAUGAUGCGCGAUACCAUGAGGUGUCCUUAAUCUACCAUCAGUCAAAGAAGGUUAUCCUACUGGUGGACAAGAGUCAUGUUAAAUCAUUUGAGAAUCCAAAAACCACACUGCCGUUCUCUGAUAUCUAUAUCGGAGGGGCUCCCUCGAGCAUUCUCAAAUCCAGGCCUGAGCUGUCUGCUGUGGUAGGCCUGAAAGGCUGUGUGAAAGGUUUCCAGUUCCAGAAGAAAGACUUCAAUCUGCUGGAGGAGCCUGGAACCAUUGGUAUCAGCAGCGGCUGCCCAGAGGAGUCCUUUAUGUCCCGGACAGCUUAUUUCACCGGAGAGAGCUACCUGGGCUCCACAGCAAAGAUUUCCCCCUUCGACAACUUUGAGGGAGGACUCAACUUCAGAACGCUACAGCCUAUCGGACUCCUCUUCUAUCUGAACGAAGGGUCUGAUGAGUUCAGUAUCUCUCUGGAGAAUGGAGCCGUGGUGCUGAACUCCAGAGGCACUCGAGUAAAAUCCCACAAGAAACAAUACAAUGAUGGAAGGAUACACUUCUUAGUGGCCUCGGUGAACAAUCAGAAGUAUUCACUAAUGGUGGACGACAGAGACAAGCAGGAGAAGAAACGUCCGUCAUCUGCCUCAAGAUCCUCCUCAGGUUCUGAAGUGAAGACCUUCUAUUAUGGAGGGUCGCCAAGCAGCAACUUCAAGAAUUUCACAGGCUGCAUCAGCUACGCCUACAUCAACAGACAGGACCGGGACAUUGAGCCAGAGGACUUCCAGCGAUACACAGAGAAGGUUCAGACGUCCCUGCAGGACUGUCCAGUCCAGCGCCCCCCUGCUGCUCUGUUGUCAAGGCACAGGGAACAAACUUCUAGAGCCAAACAGGGCCCAUCACACAAGGUUAGCAAGGAGAUGUCCAGCUUACCUCUGGGCCUGAUGGAACUGAAGAGUGACGACCAGGAACCAUAUGACUUGAACGUCGAGCCAUGUUACCUCUCCUCAAGUCCCAGAGCAACCCGCCAAGCCUUCCACUACGGCGGUCUCGCCAACAGCAGGCAGCACUACAAAGACCUCCCAGACUCCUUCUCCAAGAGGUCCCACUUCUCCCUGUCCCUGAAGACCCACUCGUCGUUUGGCCUCAUCUUUUAUGUAUCGGAUGUCCAGGAGGAGAACUUCAUGGCUCUCUUCCUGGCCCACGGGAAGCUUGUGUACACCUUCAACGUAGCGGACCAAAGAGUCAAAAUCAGGAGCGAGGAGAAAUACAACGACGGUGCUUGGCAUAAUGUUGUUUUCAUCCGUGAUGGGAGUAUUGGGCGGUUAAUAAUUGAUGGGCUCACAUUGCUGCAAGACAGAGUUCAGGAAGGCAACAUCUCCUGGAAUGUCACCAGCCCCUUUUAUGUCGGGGGAGUUCCUCCAGAUAGGGCCCAAAAAAAUAUCCAGAGAAACUCUGCGUACAGCUUCACCGGCUGCCUGAAGAACAUUCAGCUCGACGGACAGUGGCUGUCCUCCGUGUCGGAGACUUUUGGGGUGACCCCGUGCUUCGAGGGACUCUCUGAGGCGGGAACAUACUUCUCAAAAGAUGGAGGAUAUGUCGUGCUGGAUGAAACAUUCAACCUGGGAUUAAAGUUUGAGCUGAGGAUGGAGGUGCGUCCCCGCAUGGCAUCGGGGGUGCUGCUGAAUGUGCGCACCUCCGAGGGCUACUUCACCGUGUACCUUCAUCAAGGGGCGGUAGUGGUUCUUGUGAACGAGGGGUCCCAUGAGUUCUUCACAAAGGUGUCAGCGAGACAUGGGCUGUGUACCGGCAAGUGGCACAGAAUUACUGUGAUCCGUGACGCCAACGUCGUCCAGCUGGAUGUGGACUCUGAGGUCAACCACGUGGUGGGCCCUCUGGACUCCGGCUCCACGGAUACCAGGAAGCCAUUGUUCAUUGGCGGAGCUCCAGAUCUUUUCCUCCCAGAGAGCAUCACCACCAGGAGCCCCUACGUCGGCUGCAUGAGGAACCUGACCAUCAACAACAGCAGAGUGAGCUUCAGCAAAGCUGUUCUGGCCAGUGGGGCGGUCAGCGUCGGGACCUGUCCUGCAGCAUGAAACUCCCUUCCACGCCAUCGCCAUCCCCAAUACAGCACUGACCAAAUACGUUAGCAAAGGCGCUUUCUGUCAAGCAUAACCAUUACGAGAAGUAGCACCACUAUUUGUCCCAGUUUCUCUUCCACUGUAAUCUUUUCAUUUACUUUUUUACAUUUUAUUUAGUUUUUUUAAAUGACAAUGUCUCAUGCCAAGAAUACGUUGAAGUUAUCCUAAAUUUAAAAAAAUAACCAGGAAAAAUAUUAUAUUUAGACUUUUUACAUCAUAUAAAAGAUGUUUUUUUCCACUGUCCCUUCUUUACUCACAAUGACACUUUUUGUACAAUCUCAUGCUCAAAAUGUUGUACCGUUUGAUUUCUGCUGAAUAAAAAUAUACUUUACAUCCAUA